AUGAUGUCAAUUAUUGACUACAGAUAUCAGAGUUCUCAUAAAAAGCCUUUCCAGUCCUCAUAUCAAUUCAAUUUCAACAAGAACAAAACACACAACCCAAACAAAUCAGCUCGCGAACAACUGUUAGAGCAAGCCCACCGGGAGUAUCAAAACUGCGACUAUGUUAGCGCUGAAAUUCACUGCAGACAGGUGUAUCAAACAGACCCUCAAUCACCCGCUGUGCUGCUUCUGCUGAGUUCGAUUUAUUUCCAAAAGCGGUUGCUUGACGAUUCGGCCUACUUUUCCCGCGAGGCGAUAAGAGUCAACCCCACCCUUGCCGAAGCCUAUAGUAAUUUGGGCAAUGUUCACAAAGAACAAGGCGAUGUCCAACAAGCGCUAGAAUUCUACAAAUAUGCAGUUAGCCUCAAACCUGACUUCAUAGACGGCUAUGUGAACUUGGCUGCUGCUCUGACCUCGAUCCAGGACUACGAAGGCGCGAUUAAAGCUCACAUGGAAGCCCUGCAGAUAAACCCAAAUUUGUAUGGGGUCCGUUCGGACCUCGGGAACAUCUUCAAGUCCUUAGGGCGACUUGAGGAGGCCGAAGAAUGCUACCAGAAAGCUAUCCAGUGUAAUCCAAACUUCGCAGUUGCUUACAGUAACUUGGGCUGCGUUUACAACCAGCGCGGCGACAUUUGGUUAGCAAUUCACAACUUUGAAAAGGCAGUCAAACUCGACUCUACGUUCUUGGAUGCGUUUAUCAACCUUGGAAACAUGUUCAAAGAAGCUCGAAUCUUUGACAGAGCAGUCAAUGCAUAUCAACGAGCUCUAGCUCUCAAUCACCAACACGCUGUUGUUCAUGGGAACCUUGCGUCAGUCUACUACGAACAAAGUAGACUUGAUCUUGCGAUUGAAACUUACAGAAUAGCCAUCAGGCUUCAGCCAAACUUCCCAGACGCAUAUUGCAACCUUGCUAAUGCACUGAAAGACCGCCUUUUGGUCUCCGAAGCCGAAAGCUGCUACGAACAAGCUUUGAAGCUCCACCCAGAACAUGCUGACUCGCUCAACAAUUUGGCGAAUAUCAAACGAGAACAAAACAGAAUUCACGAGGCGAUGGAGCUAUACCAACGCGCACUCAAGGCCAAACCAGAUUUCCCAGCUGCUCAUUCCAAUCUUGCGAGCAUUCUUCAGCAGCAAGGUCGACAUCAUGAAGCAAUCGAGCAUUACAAACAGGCUAUUAGGAUUUUCCCUCAGUUUGCUGAUGCCUAUUCGAACAUGGGCAACACAUAUAAGGAAAUGGCUCGGAAUCAAGAAGCGAUCCAGUGCUACCAAUCAGCCAUUUCAAUCAAUCCUAACUUCGCCGACGCAUUUUCCAAUCUUGCAUCACUUCACAAAGAUUGUGGUAACACCGCCGAAGCUAUUCAGUACUUCGAUUUUGCGCUGCGCAUUCGACCCAACUUCCCCGAAGCAUUUUGUGCUCGCGCUCAUUGUCACCAGUACAUUUGCGAUUGGAACGAUUUCAAUUCACGCAACGUCAAGAUCGUUGAAAUUGUCGACGAGCAGUUGAAAAAGGCACGUCUUCCGUCUGUCCACCCACAUCACUCCAUGCUUUACCCUCUGUCUCAUCAUCAACGAAAGGCGAUCGCUGGCAAGCACGCUCAAUACUGUAAAGACAAGGUCGCAUUGUACCAGCGCCCUCCAACCAAAUUCGCCCCUCGACUCGGCAACAGGAGAAUAAAAAUUGGUUACGUCUCAUCUGACUUUGGCAAUCAUCCCACCGCGCAUCUUAUGCAGUCCAUUCCGGGUAUGCAUGACAGUAACAAUGUAGAAGUCUUCUGCUAUGCAUUGACACCCGACGACGGCACUACAUACUUCAAGAAGAUCAGCUCCGAAGCAGAACAUUUCACAGAUCUUUCACAGUACAUUGACACCGCCCAGGCGGCGGACAAAAUCAAAGCAGAUGGAAUCGACAUUCUGCUGAACAUGAACGGAUACACUAAGGGAGCGCGAAACGAAAUUUUCGCUCUCCGACCAGCGCCCAUUCAGGUGAUGUGGCUCGGUUAUCCAGGAACUUCUGGCGCUGACUUCAUGGACUACAUUCUCACCGAUGACCAAACCUCACCCGUCUCGUUGGUUGAGCAGUACUCAGAAAAACUCGCUUAUAUGGACCGAACAUUUUUUAUUGGCGAUCACGCACAGAUGUUUGCCCACAUGGAACGAAAGAUUCUUCUCUCUAAUGGCCGCUCAACUACCGCGAUGAUUAACUACCAAGAUCCCGAGACCCUUGCCCAGCUGAUGGGCUGCAUGUGCCUUCAAAUGGAAGAAAACUACAAAAGCGAGGAUGACGCGCUGAACUACGUUUCUAAUGAGUUAGCCGAAUACGCUGCUCUGGAUGAAAAUCACGACACAUCGAUAGCUCUUCAAAACAUGGUCAUCAAAGGGCAACAAUGUCUUCAAAUCGGCGACAUCAAAAUAGUCAACGGACUAAAUCUCGGUGCAUUUGAGCCCCAAGCUUCGCAAGGCGAAGCAAAAGUCCUCAAUGCUGUGUACACAAGUAGAAGACAAUACGGACUUCCAGACGAUGCCAUUGUUUACUGCAACUUCAACCAACUCUACAAGCUUGACCCGAACACGAUGAGUGCUUGGUGUAAUAUUCUCAAAAAAGUUCCCGAUGCCGUUAUUUGGCUUCUCCGAUUCCCCGCUCUUGGAGAGCGUUACGUACAUGAUUGGUGCUGGCGCCAUCACAAUAUUCCUAAAGAGAGGAUAAUUUUCUCCCCCGUCGCCGCUAAAGAAGAGCACGUUAGGCGAGGCCAACUCGCAGACGUCUGUCUUGACACUCCUCUCUGCAACGGACACACAACUGGUAUGGACGUCUUGUGGGCAGGCUGCCCGAUGGUCACGCUCCCGCUUGAAUCGUUCGCUUCCCGUGUUGCUUCCAGUCAGAUGAAGACUCUCGGCCUCAGUGAGCUCAUUGCGGAUGAUUACUCUUCAUAUGAAUCUAUCGCUAUCAGACUCGGAAACGAUGUAGACUACAGAAGAUCUAUUCGUUCGAGAUUAUAUAAUUUCCGUAUGAGUUCACGACUUUUCUCUGUGAAAGACUACGCAAGUUCGAUGGAACGGGUCUACCGAAAGAUGAUGGAUCGCUUUAAUGAAGGCCAACAACCUGAGCAUCUGCUCGAUUAA